AUGCGUAUUCUCGUCCGGGAUCUCGCGGGCAGAACUUAUGAAGUGACUGCCAGUCAGAAUAUCAGGGUCGGUCCGCUUCCUCCUCAGCAGUUUAGACCAGAGCGCUUUGUCACAGCUGGCAGCGUGGGUAUCUCAGAAGCUAAGAUCCUUGGUGAUGCGGCAUCGGUUGUGGCAAGGGCUGCUGCCCAAGAGCUUGUGCGUUUCUGGGAAAGCCCGGACGGGCAGGCAAUUCGCGAGUACUUGCAGAAGGAAGCCGGAGGUCUUCUAGGGGAUUCAGACGAAGAGUCUGUCGAUGAGCGCGAGCGCUCGUGGGAGCCUCUGAGCCUCACCGCGUCCCUUGAUGAGCUCAUCGUGGAGUUUAGUCGCUUCUUCGUUCUCAAGGCCAUCAACAGUGACACAGCUGCCCCAAGAGUAGCGACAGAGACAGAACCGCCAAGCAAGCGCCUCUGCACUACUCCAAGUUCCCAGCUUUCACCUUCCUUUCAUGUGGAUGAAGUUUGGCACAGGCUGUUACUGUUCCCACGGGCAUACCAGACACUUUGCCGAAGCCUGACGGGUGAAGUCAUCGACCACGAUCCACGAAGCAAAGACCAGCACCAACCGGACCGAUACCAUGUCACAUUUACGAAGUACCUCAAACUCUUCGGGAAAGCGCCGCCCUUUCAGUUCUGGGACAUCCCAACAUCGUGGCACGACGACCCUGAGCUUUGCCUCACAAACUAUAUCGAUGAGAACGAGGAGACGUUGAAGAAAAUCAUUGAGAGGAAACGAGGUAUUCCUGUUGAUCAGCAGCGCCUCAUUUUUGGCGGAUUCCAGCUUGAGGACCACAAGUCACUGAGCGAAUGCGGAGUACGUGAUGGGAGCACCAUCGACAUAGUGCUCAGACUCAGGGGAUGCUAG